AGAAAAUAAUCUGAAGACUUUAUAGUAGUUGGAUCUAAAUCCAUAUUAUUAAUUAUAAUCUAAUCAUUUCGUUUGUCAUAUGCCUGUUCUUUAAUCAUUUUGUUUAUCUUGUUCUUGUUUUUCUCUCCAUCUUCUAUGCUGGUAGUGGGUCCAAUUACAUUAUUCUUCAUCACUAUAUACACUCACUAUACUCUAGUAGUAUAUCAACCACAACCCAGAGAAAGAAAAAGAAACUACCCAUCAAGUCAAAGCUACUCCAUUCCAAUCAUUCACUCACACCAUUUGUGUUGUAACCAAAAUUAAGUAACCAAAGAAGAUGGUAAAAACAACAAUAGUGAUGUAUACAUCACCAACGGUAGGUCACGUGAUUUCCAUGGUAGAAUUAGCCAAACUUCUCAGUCAUCAACAUCAACAAGAACAAGACUUCUCCAUCACAAUGCUUCUCACCACUGGCUUCCUCGACCACCCAUCCAUCGACCCAUACGUCAACCGCAUCUCAACGUCUCACCCUUUAAUUUCCUUCUACCGUUUCCCUUCUGUUGCCGUCACUCACUCUAACACUCAAAGCUUAGCCGCAACCGGAUUCCAAUUCAUAAAAAGAAACGUUGUCAAUGUUGAAUCCAAACUCCGUGAGAUUACUCAAACCUCCGUUAUCAAAUCCUUCAUUAUCGAUAUGUUUUGCACUUCUGCCAUGGAAGUUGCUUCCACCAUGGGAAUCCCUGUUUACUAUUUCUUCACUUCUGGAGCUGCUGUUUUGGCACUGUGUUCCUACUUCCCGAAAAUUCACAGCGAAACGGCAGUGUCGUUCAAGGAAAUGGUUGGAGUUGAGAUUGUGGUGCCGGGGAAUGCACCGUUGAAUGCGGCGUUUAUGCCGGGACCAGUUCUUGAUAGGGAAGAUCCUGCUUAUUGGGAGAUGUUGUAUUUCUGUGAGCAUCUUUCUAUGGCAAAGGGAAUUAUGGUGAAUACAUUUCGUGAAUUGGAAGUUGUGGCGGUUAAGGCCGUUGAAGACGGUGCGUGUUUUCCAGAUCUCAAACGAAGUCCUCCCCCGGUUUACUGCAUUGGACCAUUGAUUGCUGACCCUCAAGAAUCAGAUGAAGCAAGAGAAAGCAAAGAUUGCUUGUCAUGGCUAGAUAAACAACCAAGUAGAAGCGUGGUGUACUUGUGUUUUGGAAGCCGUGGAUAAUUCUCGAUGACACAAUUGAAGGAAAUAGCUGAAGGGUUGGAGAGGAGUGGACACAGAUUCUUAUGGGUUGUGAAGAGGCCACCACAAGAACAUCUUGGAACGAAACAACUUCAUGAUACAACAAGGGAGUUUGAGCUGGGUUCUGUUUUGCCAAGUGGAUUUAUAGAGAGAACCAAAGAGAGGGGCCUGGUGGUGAACUCGUGGGCCCCACAAGUCGAUGUUCUGAGUCGCGAAUCGGUUGGUGGGUUUGCGAGUCACUGUGGCUGGAACUCGGUGUUGGAAGGGGUGGUUGCUGGAGUGCCAAUGAUUGCAUGGCCAUUGCAUGCAGAGCAGCAUGUUAAUAGGAAUGUGAUGGUGGAGGAUAUGAAGGUGGCUGUUGCGGUGGAGCAAAGGGAAGGUGAGGGGUUUGUGACAGGAGAGGAAGUGGAGAAGAGGGUGAGAGAGUUGAUGGAAUCUGAGAGAGGGAAAGAGAUAAGAGAGAGGAGUUUGAAGUUCAAAGACAUGGCUAGGGAUGCAUUUGGAGAAUUUGGGUCAUCCACAAAAGCACUAGCCAACUUGGUUCAAACAUGGAAUGAUAACUAGUUUUUUUGGCGUUGAUUCACAUGGACUUGAACUCUGUUACAAAUAUUCUGUACAAAAGGCAUGAUAUUAUUCGAGACAUAUACUUGCGGAAAAAAAGAGCCAUCAUUGUAACUAACUUAAAAAAUUCAUAUUUUAAUCCAUAACAUAAAAAUACAACUUCAAA